AUGCCGGAAGAAGGACUCAAAGCUAUCCGAUCUGUUAUUGAAUUGAAUUGCUCUAUUUUCGAAAAAGCAAUAUCGUUGCUGAAGUUAUUGGAAUCGGUUAACGAUAAGGAUCUUGAGAAAUUGGUUACUUCUAUCCUUAAAGAGUCUAGGAGUUACAAUGCAAAAGAAGAAUUGCUAAACAUUCUGAAGCAGGCACUCGAAUUCGUACAGCAGGAGAAAUGGGUUAAAGCUGAGCACGGGAGAAUACCUAUUGGUGCAGUAACUUUUGGGAUAGAUAUUGGAGGGGAACCACUGUAUGUUGCACGGGCUUUCCAUGAAGGCGGACUUCAUCCAGGAAAGGCGGGAAUACAUCUUGCGGGAGCAAGGAUAUCCUACGGUCGCAAGGAGUUUGAAAAAACGCAGUACGAAGUGUUGGUUCUUCCUUCCCAAUUUUAUGAAUGGUAUCAGUGUUCUUCAGUCUACCAGAUUCCGAAAAUGGCUGUAAAAGGUGGAUAUGAGAACACUGGAGAACCUCUAUAUGUAAGCAAGAUGGUCUCUUCCACUUCUUUUGUUCAUUUAGGAAAAGUUGGGUUUCAUCUUCCUGGAGCGGAAUGGAAUGGAUGCAGAACUCUGACAGACUCAAAGGCAUCGUUAGUAGUAUAG